AUGGAGGAGGAGGCCGACGACGGCGAGGCAGUAAAACCCCCGCCGGGUGCUCGUGCCGACGACGGCGAGGAUGCUGCCGACCAGGUCGAGGUCGGCCUCUUCUACCGCUGCGCUGCCUACAACGACCACGACAGGCCGCAAGGUGAGUAUGCGAUGCGGGUGGACUGCGUGUGCACGGCAACGAGUUGGGGCCAGUUUGCGCGGGCCACGCAGAUAUGCUGCAGUGACGAGUACUGGGCAUGGUGGAUGGCACACCCUGUCGAGCGUGGAGGUGCGGGCCGAGUCUUGUACCAUGUCUGUGCGCACGAGAUGUGCGGUGCCAGACCGCCUGCGUCCGCGGCCACGUGCAUCCAUGUCUCCGAGUUCGAGGAGAUCAACGUCAGGGGGCUCGCAGAGUUCUUCGUGGAGUGCAGGGCCAGCGAUCCAUGGUGCGCCUGGCCCGCUGACCUCGGGCCUGCGCCUGGUGAGGAUGAUGUGGGUGGUGGUGCCCUGGAGGUCGACGAGCGCGGCAUGCCGAAGGGCGACUGCGUGGGGCGCGCUGAGCGGCGGGCUGCCGCCAGGCCGAAGGGCGCGGCGCGCCCCUCUGACCCGAGGCGGGCGGCGGCCCAUCAGCCCUCGCCGCUGGAGGCUGCGGGGGCGCAGCUGGCGGCAGGCGAGCCUGCGGCGGCCGGCGCUGUCGGCCUGCGCGCCCGCCUGGAGCGGCUGCGUGGCGCGCUGCAGCCUGGGCCAGGCGUGGGGCCGACGGCCGAGGCGGUCGCCAACAGGGGUACCGCCGCCGACCUCCUGCAGUCGAUGCUCAACGCCUCCAGCGGAGGCGGCGAGGGCGCCGUGCCGCGGGGCCUCGCUGCGCGACGUGGCCACUUUCGCCAGAUUGCUAUUAAGUUCCCAGGGCUCCUCUCAGAGCAAGCCCUUGCUAAGAUGAGCGAGUGCGUCGCUACUCAGGUGGGGGGAGAGACUUCCGACGAGUUCCCGACGAUCUUUCUCAAGUACUUCCUGAAUGUGUUCAUGUUUCAGAAGCCGAACAAGUCGAUCGGGAUCGAGGUCUACCGCGAGAUGCGCGCGGUCCGUGAGGCCGCAGACGCCAUCUUGUUGGGUAAGACGUCCUACGCUGUCGACGUGCUGAGCCAGCGUUUCAAGGCCCUCCAGCUGUUUGCGAUAGACAAGACGUGGUCAGGAUUGCACUGGCUGGAGCUCAUCCCGCCGUCGACCGAGCAGCUGGCCCUCAGGGCGGAGGAUGGGGAGAUCGUCCGCGCCGUGGAGCUCGGAGAGCUACGCCUCGAGGAGCUCCUGGCCGAGCUCGAGAAGGGACAGCAGCGGGCUGUGCAGCUUCGGGGCGACGACCAGAAGGGGGGGGCGCCCAUGGCGAACUCCUGGAAGGCUGCCAAGGAGCCCCACCCGAAGAGGCAGGGCGAGACUCGGGGCGCUUGCGGCAUGCGGCUCAGGAAGCUCAUGCAGGAGGCGCGCGGGCGUCAGGGCUCUGGGGGCGCCCCCCCGGACUACAUCGCCCGCGUCGGUGGCUUCCUGGGGGGCCCGCUUGUGCGCCAACCGAGCAUCGACUGGUCCACGAAGGUCGCCAAGCUCCGGGUUGACUGCGCUGGAGAGGAGCAGGGCGAGGCCCUGCCGACGCGCCUUGCGAAGCUCAUACCGGGGCUGCCCGACAGGCAGCGCGCGGUACAGCACCAGACGGAGGAGUUCGUCGACGACCACAUCCUCGAGUGGCUCCUGGACCCCGCAGUCGUCACCCUGCCGUCCUCGGAGUGGCCCACUGAUCCACCGCGGGCACGGGUCAACUGCGAGAAGCUCGAGGAAAGGUACGAGGUGGCUGAACACCUUCUGGGCCUGGGCAUCCUAGGGGUGGUGUGCGAGGAGGACAUCUUCGCGCCCCGCGGCCAGAAGGUCCUCAACGGCCUGUUCGGUCAGCUGCGCUGCGCGCGCCUGGUCUUCAACAUCGUACCCUCCAACGCCUACCGUCGGAACGUCGUGGAGGACGCGGCCACCCUCGCAGCUUCCGCAUCUUGGACCAGCAUUCACUUGCCAGCGGGGUGCGUCAUGGUGUGGAGCAGCGGCGAUCAGAAGGGUGCCUUCUACGUGUGGAAGCUGCCUCCAGCCUGGAGGGGCAGGAUGGCCGUUUCGGUGCCGGUGUCCGCCGGUGUCGCUGGGCUGCCAGGCGACCGCCUUGUCUGUGUCGCGUUCCGAGUCAUCCCUAUGGGAUGGAUCCUUGCAGUCACGCUGUUCCAGCACCUCCACCGCCGCCUGGCACUCAGAGCUCCCCGCCUAGGUGCUGGCCUCCCCGCGGCGGCGGAGUGGAGACGUGACCGACCCUGGCCUCUGGCAAGGCAUCGAUCGCACGCAUGGUGUCAGGUCUACAUCGACGAUUUUGACGCCCCCGAGGUGAUGCAGGCCGCCGAGGCUUACCGCACAGUGGGCGCGCCAGGAGAAAUGCAGCUCGCCCUGCGCCGGGCAUGCGCCAGAGCAGAGGUUGCCUACGCGGAGAACAAGAGCCACGAGAGGCAGCUGCAGCUUGAGCGGAUGGGCGCCCCCCUUGAUGGUGAGGCUGGCACGGCCAGGGCGCCGAUCCACAAGACAGUCGAGCUCGUGAGGUGCACCCUCUACGCGCUCGGCCGCGACUGCUGCCCCUGGCUCCUCAUGCUCGCGCUGCUGGGACGGGCUGUCAGAGUGCUCGAGUUCAGACGCCCCCUCCUCAAGUGUCUCAAUUCGGUCUGGGAGUUCUCGGCCAAGACGCGGGGGGGGGGGCGCAUGAACACAGGCAUGUUUCAGGAGCUGCUGAUGUGCAUCGGCUACCUCCCCAUCGCCUGUGCCGACCUGAGGGCCGCGCUGUCGCCUGUCACCGCCGUCUCCGACGCCUCGGAGAGCGGCGGUGGGGCAUGCGCUUCCACGGACCUGACCCCGCGUUCGGUCGGGCAGCUGGAGGCGGCGCGCUCUGGCGCCAGGUCGAGCAUGAGAGCUGCCCAAGACAGCUUGGUGCCCGAGCCCAGUGCGGGCCCUGCCGCGCGGCGUCCCGCUCGUCCCAGGGUGCUGAUCGUGAGCCUCUUCGACGGCAUCGCGGCGCUGGCGGUCGGCGGUGUCCAGGCUUCCCGUCGACAUCAUCGGGGUGGUCUGCAGCGAGGCGAGAUCGACGAGCCCGCUAGACGAGUGGUGCGGCUUCGGUGGCUUGGGACCGCCGACUGGGGCGACAUCAGGUCCAUCGCCGAGUCCGACGUGGUGGAGCUCGCCGACGCGUACUACAGCUUGUGCGACGUCUGCCUAUGUGGCGCUGGUAGCACUGCCAGGGUCCCGAGGGUGUACGAGCUUCUGCGCAGGCACUUCAAGGACAAGUUCGCCUCCUUCGUCGAGAACGUUGCAUCGAUGGGCUCGGGCGACAGGGGCGAGAUCACGAGGCAGCUGGGC